CUGACUUUUAACCAGUGAAAAUCAAUUAAUUUAUUAAUAAACCUCCUUGAUAUCGCAAAGGACGAAGAAGAGUGCAAAAUGAGUGCCAUAGCUGAUCAAGAGUGCCAUGUUAAGGAGAGUUUAUUUCAGUUUAUUGAGAAAAACAUCCCAUCCGCGGAUGUUUCGGCUAUCGACGACAUAGUACUUGCCUAUGUGAUUUCCAUCCUAGAAGCAGCUUCUCAGGACCCGUGCUUCGACGUAGAAGGUUUCAUUGAAAUGAUGGCGGCUUACAUCCCGAAGUUUGCGAGCAUUGACCCUGGACUCGUAUGCUCCUGGAUACUGGAGCUGGAGGCUGAGCUGUCUCGUAGAGAUGAGUCGGACACUAUGUCCAAUACCGACGAAUCAUCUGGCAGUGACAAGAUAAGCCUGAAUUUGCAGAGCUUGAGCGACAUGCUGCCGCCGGUCACUAAGACGAGCCGCUCUCACUCCAACUCCGAGAGCUCGGAAACCAAUGAGCGUCGUUUAUUCCUCGACGUCGAGGAAUACGCUGAGCAGUGCCGCGCAUUGCACGAGAUGUUCCCGAACACUUGUGCUAUGGAGAUAAAGCACUGCGUGUCGAUCGCUUGCGGCGACCCCGAGCGCGCCGCCGCCACGCUGCUGCAUCGCCGCGAGCACGGACAGGCGCUGUCCGCCGCCGCGCUGCACGCCGCCGCGCGCACCCCGCUGUGCGACGACCGCGAGAUCAAGAGCCGCAUCAUCGCCAGAUAUUCAUACGUGGACAAGAACUCUGAAAACAAGGAGCACAAGCCCCUCGCUCCGAAGAUCGAGCCGAAGAAGAUGGUCCGCUACCGCGACAACAAGAUCGUCUCUCUCAAGGGCGAGCGGUACACUGAGGUGCCGAAAUCCGGUGUCGACGAGGAAAAUUUAAAAAAACCGAAGAAACAGCAUUGCCCUUAACCAUUAAAACCACGUCAGUACGGUGAAAAAGCGGACUCGCGUCCCGCUCUCCCUCCCCUCCUCCGUGUCCCCCCCGUGCUCCCCGCGUGCCUGACCGCGCAUGAUACGUGUAAACCGAACGAAAUAAGCGACAAACUUCCAUAUACCUCAUACUCGAAUGAAUCGAAUGAAAACUCGAAUUGUAUCGAAUCGAUUAUCGUACGCGAUACCGAGUUGUCAUACGUUAGUUUCGAUAAUUCAGUCAUCGCAAUACGUCCCCUGACGCGGGUGAGUGCGUCCAAAGGUACGCCAGUUUGUCUCGGUCUCCACGUACCAUCGGCGAGGCGGUGCGCGUUUUGUCGUGGUAGUGUUAGUGUAGUUAACGCGCGUGAUUCGCUGUUUAUUUACUUGGCGAUUUUUUUAACCGCUUUUUCAUGUACUGAUUAUUUUAAUGAUUUGAGUGAACGCACGUUGUCUGUGCGUGUUUUUAGUCAGUUUAUUUCGUAUAUAAUUCGCGUAUUUAUCGUUAUUUUUAAGCUCUCUAUAAGGCAGCUGUUCAGUAUUAUUUACACGAGCGAAACUAUGGCAUCUUGUGAGAAAUGUACUUUAGGAAUGGAUAAAUGUGUUCAAAUCGGUAGGCGAGUCGUGUGUGAUGUAUCGAUCGGUGCCAUAGGUGGCGAGUGUUCGUCUACAAAGUGUGACGUAGUUAGCGGAACGCUGGGACGUUUCGCCGUGACGUCACAGCGGUGUAAAGUCGCGGCGAGACGUUCGAGCGACAAACGUAAUCUCUUAUUCCGUUUAGUUUUAAGUACAACCUGUCUGAUAACUGUGAUUUUAAAAAAAUAUUAUAAUUUUAUUAUUAAUGUGAUUAAUAUAGUUUUAUCGUUUUUAAAUACAUCUGUGAUUUCGACGCCAUUGAUUAUGAAUUUAGAUAACCCUCUAAGCGGUUUUUAUUAUUUAAUUUUAGGUUUUUUAUAUCUUAUUCUAUUAUUAGAUAUUGUUUGUUAUGAAAACGCGACGACGGCGCGCUAAGCUGUGAUCUAACGUUUUAGAUAGCGAUAUUUGUUGGUGAUUUUUAUAUUAUAAAUAUAAACAUAUACAUAUAUGUAUAUAACUGUACCGAUUUUAUUUUAUUUUGAUAAAUUAAUUUGACUAUAUAU